AGCCUUUGGCUACAAUCUAGCACAUUAACAUUUGACAUGUCCAUUAAUGUGCUUUGUCCCAUGUACUGUAACAAAGUAGUUGUAAUAUCUAUAAACAAGCUUAUCAGUGUGUUUAGUGGGACAGGCGAAAGUUAAGUCGGUGGAAAGGCGGUAGUUUAUAAAUUAAAUGUUUCUGUGCGGCCCGGUAGCAAAUGCGUCACAGACCGGUACCGGUCCAUGGACCGGUGGUUGGGGACCACUGAUCUAGACCAUCCAAAAGAGUGUGCUGUCAGCCUGAGAGCCACUGAUCCACGCACUGUGUGAGGCUUUUAGGACAGCCAGCAUUAAGCCUUUUGAACCCGAAAGGGGUGCACACUGCCGGCUGUCCCAUUUAGGCGGGUGGGCAUGGACCAAUGUUGCACCCUAAAAACCCCAGCAGCUGUCCUCUAGCAGGCUGCAGAGACAGAGGACAAAGAAGGACGGCUGGAGGAGCUUUUGCGUGUACUUUGAUUCGGGUGACCUGCGCCAUGAUGCUCUUCAGCCAAUUUAGACCCAGAAAUGGCGAGGAAGACCCAAAAAGACGCCUGUUUCCACUCCCCUAUUUUCUUUGCGAGGAUUAUGAGUCAUUCCUCAUCUAAACGGGGAUAUAUGAACAUCGGCAUCCCAGUGAGAGCAGACAUUGUACAGGUGCCUUCAUCGCCGAGUGGAGCCCUCUCGCCUCCGCGCCAGGGACCGUAAACGGCUGCUGUCGCAGGACUUGGGGAACAGGACCCAGCCAGUCCUUGGAGACCUUCGCUGGGGACCCUCAUCUCUCGAGGGACACCACGUCAGCCGGGAAUCUGGACUUGACAUCCAUGAAGACCCAUUCCAACUGGAAUCAGACCUUCUCUAAAGACACUGAUCAGGACCGCAUGGCUGUUACGUCAGCCUGAGCUCUUCCUCACACCCGCCUGUGACUUCCAUAUGAGAUUCCGCAGCACCGAGCAGAGCUGGCCCAGACUUUCGACUUCCCGCCGUUAUAAAAAGGAGCGGCUAUCUCGGCCUCGGAGCAGCUCUAGUGGUAGUGGUGUUGGUUUCUGCCCACAGCCAUGCAGGUGUCCUUCGCGUGCACAGACCAUGGGCUGAAGGCCCCGCGUAACGGCGAGCACAGCAAGCAGAACACCACCAGCCCAAACACCACCAGCCAGGCCCGGGCUCGCUUCCGCACCGUGGCCCUGAUAGCCCGAAGCCUUGGCUCCUUCACCCAUCGCUACCACCACAACCUCAAAGAGUCCACCGCCAAGCUCACAGGCAUGAAGUAUAGGAAUCUUGGGAAGUCUGGCUUGCGUGUCUCCUGUCUGGGCCUUGGCACGUGGGUGACGUUCGGAGGUCAGAUUCCUGAUGAGGUGGCCGAGCAGCUGAUGACUAUUGCGUACGAGAGCGGGGUCAACCUGUUCGACACAGCCGAGGUCUACUCCGGCGGCAAAGCAGAGAUAAUCCUGGGAAACAUCAUCAGGAAAAAGUGCUGGAGGCGAUCCAGUCUGGUGAUCACUACAAAACUCUACUGGGGAGGAAAGGCAGAGACCGAGAGAGGCCUGAACAGAAAACACAUCAUUGAAGGUUUGAAGGGCUCCCUCCAGAGGAUGCAGCUGGAGUAUGUCGAUGUGGUUUUUGCCAACCGGCCAGAUAACAACACUCCCAUGGAAGAGAUAGUGAGAGCCAUGACGCAUGUGAUUAACCAGGGCAUGUCAAUGUACUGGGGGACGUCACGGUGGUCCGCCAUGGAGAUCAUGGAGGCCUACUCUGUGGCCAGGCAAUUCAAUCUCAUUCCACCAGUCUGUGAGCAGGCAGAGUAUCAUUUUUUCCAGAGAGACAAAGUGGAAACACAGCUGCCAGAGCUCUACCACAAGAUAGGUGUAGGUGUGGUCUCCUGGUCUCCUUUGGCCUGCGGCAUCAUCACUGGGAAAUAUGAGAACGGAGUCCCAGAAACCUCCAGGGCCUCCAUGAAGCCAUACCAGUGGUUAAAGGAGAAAAUAACGAGUGAGGAUGGAAGGAAACAGCAAGCCAAGCUGAAGGAGUUGGCUCACAUAGCGGAGAAGCUUGGUUGUACGCUACCCCAACUCGCUAUCGCAUGGUGCCUGAGGAAUGAAGGUGUGAGCUCAGUACUGCUGGGAUCCUCUAAUCCAAGCCAGCUAACAGAGAAUCUCGGGGCCAUUCAGGUAAUUCCAAAGAUGACUGCAGGCAUCGCCUCAGAAGUGGAUCACAUACUGGGGAAUCGUCCGCACACCAAAAGAGACUACCACCAUUAGCACGGACCAACAGUGAGGGAAACUGUGCUCUGAAAGUGUAUCAAAGCUCCCACUCA